UCUCCUUUAGGGUGUUGAUGGGGGAUGAUCGGGUUAAAAAUGGCCUCAAUUUCAUGUAUGAGGCUCCACCGGGAGCAUCUAAAGAGGAGAAAGCAGAGGAGGGAGAAGAAGAGUACAAAUUUGAAUGGCAGAAGGGAGCCCCCAGAGAAAAGUAUGCUAAAGAUGACAUGAACAUCAGAGAUCAGCCUUUUGGAAUCCAGGUGCGCAACGUGCGCUGCAUCAAAUGCCACAAGUGGGGCCACGUGAACACGGACCGAGAAUGCCCUCUGUUUGGACUGUCAGGCAUCAACGCCAGCGCCAUGGCGUCGGAGGAGGCAGCAGGUCCCUCCAUGCACCCGUCGGAGCUCAUGGCCGAGAUGCGUAACAGCGGCUUUGCCCUCAAGAAAUGCGUCCUUGAUCGCAGCGCCACCAUUUGUGAUACAGCGCAGGAAUAUGUUGCGAGUGACCAAGAAGGAGAUCCAGAGGUGGAAUUUUUGAAAUCUUUAACAACCAAGCAGAAACAGAAGCUGCUCAGGAAACUCGACCGUCUGGAGAAGCAGAACUCCAAGAAAAAGACGAGCAAAAAGGAGAAGAAGAAAAAGAGCAAACGGAAGCACAAGAAAAAGCAGGAGAGCAGCGACAGCUCGAGCAGCAGCAGCAGUAGCGACAGCGACGACUCGUCCGGCAGCUCCAGCGACUCGGACGGCAACUUCAAGAGCCAAAAGAAGAAGAAGAAGAAGACGUCCGCCCGCGCGCGCAGCGCCGACAGGCCACAUCAGAGCCGCCAAAAGGCUUCGGCCAGCCCGCACGACGGAGAACGUCGACACACGCGGACACAGAGAGCGAGAAGCCCCGAGGAGAGGAGGAAGAAAAGGGAUCUGCCGGAGGGAGGUCGAGAACGCAAACGAGAGCGGAGCCGAAGCGGCGAGCGGCAUCACAGACCAGACGCUGAGAGGAGGAGGAAGGAAAGGGCGCCGAGUGAGAGAAGUCGAAGCAGAGACAGAAGCAGAAGUCGCGUCAAGAGCAGUAAAAAACACUGAGGGCGCCUUUACAACUCUCAAUACAUAUUUCUCUUUGAAAGGGUUGAAGAGCCGUGCAGUUUCCUUUCCCACCGUUAGAGGGAGGCAGUGGACAAAAUAUCUUCACCUCGACAUGUUCAAUUUAAUGGACUCGCACAAUAUCGUGGAUAUGUGUUGUCUUUUUUUAAACUCUUAAAUAAUAAUUCGUUAUGUGUACAGGCAUCUUUUGAUGCCUUUAAUAAAAAAAUUCAACAAUUCAACCGAUUUUUUUUAACGUGUAAUUGUGUUAAAUGCAUAGCGCUCAUUGUGAAACGACGUAGUGCAAUAUUCUCAUUAUUAAAUACUCCGUAAUUGAACUU